AUGCCUCCAGCGUCUUCGCCUCCCGUGGUUGGUGAAGGAACAAACCUUGUGUCAACGUCUAUCCCAGCCAUCACUCACCCAGCACUGGUCAACAUUGGAGCUCAAUUCCAUCAAGAGAACAAAACGUCGAAAACACUCCGUAUCCCAAAAGUUCCAGGCCCUGUCGGUGAUAAUACGAAUCUCAAGGACAGGUCUUCUUGUCAGAACACUAUCGAGAGAUACCUGCACUCAGUGGACAGAAUAGAGAUCCUGUACGUUGGAAUGCAGACAUCACUAUCUGCGCAGCUCUUUGAUCAGCACCUCAUACGCAUGAUCGACGAUUUGUUACCGCAGGUGGAGGCCACAGCCACUCAGAGGGCCAUACCUUGA